GCUAUUAGAUUCAGAAGAAGAACAGAGCAAGUGGAAAAUCCAGAGAAAAUACGAGUGGCGGCGACGGCGACGGCGACGGCGACGGCGACGGGGGAGGUGGCGGAUGGAUGAGGCGGUGGUGCUGAGUCAGGUCGUCGGCCGCAUCCAGGAACUUUGCGAACUUUACGCCUCCUCGCCUUCACUUGACUGGCCUCGCCGUCUCGAUCCCAGGUUGUAUAUAUUGGAGUUGAAUAACCCAUUGGGAUAUGACUUCUGUGGUAUUUUAAUGGAAGAUAAAUCUGGUCAAAAAAUGGUUGAAGUUCUUGAAUCACCACAUUGCAAGAGACCUAGAAGAGAAAAGAACCCGUCAAAAACAAUUGCAUCAAUUUCAAGUGGCUUGAUGGAUCAGCAAAUCUGGAAAGAUUUUCCGGAAGAUCUUUUUGAAGUUGUGAUUGCAAGACUCCCUACAGAAUCCUUCUUCAGGUUCCGAACUGUAUGCAAAAAGUGGAACUCCUUGUUGUCCUCCUGUACCUUCGCCCAACAUCUCGCAGAAGUUCCAAAUUUACAUCCUUGGUUUUAUUCAGUCACUCAUGAAAACAUAACCAAGGGUGCCAUGUACAAUCCAUCUUUGAGAAAAUGGCAUCAUAUUUCCAUUCCGUUUCUGCCUGCAAAGACAGUGCUUCUUCCGGUAGCAUCAGCUGGCGGCCUCAUUUGUUUCUUGGAUUUGUCACAUAAGAAUUUCUAUAUUAGCAAUCCUCUGACCGAUUCAUUCAAAGAACUUCCACCGAGAUCUUACCGAGUUUGGUCCCGAGUGGCUGUUGGAAUGAUUCUGAACGGGAAGACUGCUGUCAGUGGCUACAAGAUAAUGUGGCUUGGCUGCAAUGGGGAUCAUGAGAUUUACGACUCCAUUCAUAACAGUUGGAGUCGCAGUGCAAGUUUUCCUCCAAGCAUCAAGCUUCCCCUCUCUUUAAAUUUCAGGUCACAGACAGUGUCUGUCGGCAGCACCAUCUACUUCAUGCAUGCUGAACCUGACGGCAUUUUGUCAUAUGACAUAGUAAAUGGUAUUUGGAAGCAGUACCUCAUCCCUUCACCGCUGCACCUUACAGAUCAUACACUGUUGGAGUAUGAGGGUCAGAUUUUGCUUGUAGGUUUGGUGACUAAGAACGCUGCCACAUGCGUUUACAUAUGGGAGAUGCAGAAGAUGACUCUCCUGUGGAAGGAGGUGGACAGAAUGCCAAACAUCUGGUGCUUGGAGCUUUACGGUAAGCAUGUAAGGAUGACAUGCCUGGGCAACCAUGGGUUGCUCAUGCUUUCCUUGCGGUCGAAGCGGAUGAACCGUCUUGUUAUGCACAAUUUGUCGACAAAGGAAUGGCAACGAGUGCCAGAAUGUAUGCACCCUCAUGGCAGGAAGAGACAGACAAUUGCUUGUGGGACUGCAUUUCAUCCUUGUCCCACUGCUCUUGCUUGAUGGCUCUGUCGAUUUGAGUGUGAUCAUUUUGUAGAAAGGUAUCAUUGUCUCUCGAUAUCAAUAAACACUGGCACUCCCAUGUCAUGAUCGUCUGCAUUAAAAUCAAGGAUUCUUGGUGUUUUUGUAUUGUGGUUCUUGCUUUUGUAUAAAGUUCUGCAAAAGUGAAAUAUGAUGCUUGAUGGUUCAUUCUCAGUUGUUCA